GACGGGUGCGAAUCGUUUCCAGCCGUGAAUGCUGCGGGUGAAACCAGUGGCGGCCUCCAGGGAACGAAAGGAAGAGAUGGCUGCGGCAAAGCACCACUGGGGUCCCAGGUAUACGGCCGAUCUGGAUGGUAUCAAGACAAAUGGGCCAUAAUGUACGCGUGGUACUUCCCGAAGAACUUCCACGGGAACGUACUUGACUACGAGGCGAAGAAACGCCACGACUGGGCGAGUAUGGUGCUGUGGAUCGACAAUCCUGCUAUCGAAACGUCAAAGAUUCUCGGCGCGUCGUUAUCCCAGCAGAAUACGGAAGAACCUUACCAGAAGAUGGCAGAACUUCACCCGAUGUUCUUUGUCGGCGCCAAGCAACACGUAAAUGGAACUGAACCCCCACGAUACUACCAGGUUGCGUACGGAGACAGCCAGUCACAGGAUCUCAUCAUGUGGGAGCAACUUACAGAUGCAGCGCGCGAGGGCCUCAAUUCGGCAGAUUUUGGGGAUUGUGAAGGUUCCUUUCAACGAGAAAAACUUCCAAGAAUCGCUGAAACAAGCGUAU